AUGAAAAAUAUUAUCCUUGACAUCCCUAUUGAAAAUGAUGUUGUGGAGUCCAUAAUCGACUUUGCUAUGUGUCAUGAAGCUAGAAUCGAUGCAAUGAAGGGUUAUGAUCUUGUCUCUGACAUUAUCCUUCUCGAAUCAGAUUCUCGUGUCUCAGCUUUUCAAUUGGAUGGGUCGUUCAAUGUGUUAUCACUAGUUGGAGUGUAUUUAAAUCUGGAUUAUUUUCGUGUUCCUCCUCAACUUGUCAAUGAUCUAUUAAGUACCGUGUUUGCCCUUCAACUUUCUGGAUCACGAGGAUAA